AUGGAUAGGUCAGAUAAUGAGAAUGGUCACGAUGCUCGGCAGCAUAAUGGUACGAAUACUGAAUACGUCAAGCAUAUCCACGGAAUACCACCUUCUGAAUUGCCUCUUCAUCCACGCCCUAACCCUUUAAGCCGAUCUCGUUUGGAGAAGCUGAGUUCCCCGAAGUAUGAGGUUUCUAUGCCUAACUUUAUUACCCCUUAUAAUUUCUGGGAAACUUCCUUACGCAAGCGCUUAAUUUAUUCAACAGGGUCUUUGUCGUGUACUACUCUACCUCAUAAGCGUAUUCCUGCCGUUUUACCAUCGUUGAAGAACAGUAAUAAUACCUCAGAUGUAGAUCAAGUCGCCGCAAGGAGUGCGCAUUCCACCUUUCCAUUCAGACAUGCGGGGAGUCCUAAAAUGUCUAUAAAAACAGUAGCCGCCGUACCACCUUCCACUAAAAUGGAAACAAAUACUAUGGAGUGUAGCACGCAGAAAAAUGAUUCCCACGUUGGCAAUAAAACGUGUGCCACCAAGGAUCAGAUCGUAAAGGAGCCCCUUCCUCUUUUUGAUCCAAAUCAGCCUAAUCACCUUACACAACAGAAUACCAAACAUGACGAUGCCUCCUUUGCAGUCAAACCGCACACCCGAACAGCAAAGUUGGUUGAGGUUGACAUGAUCCGGUUCUCCAUUCAGAACAGCCUUGGGAUAAUAUUCUAUACCAUUUACACUCAUCUCUGGAAACGAGCAGCAUUGAUACAGCGCAAUUUCCGUAGCCACCGAAGACGUCUUUGUGCGGGGGUUGAACUCAACUUUCUGAAAUUACGUCGAUAUGAGGAACCAUUGUAUUGGACCGAGGUUGCUUCCAGGUGUGAUCAGGAAAUUUUGCGUGUUAUCCGGAACAAAUUGCUUAUUUCACAACCUAAUAACCCUACUUCGAAUCACAGAUCCACCACUUUGGAAUCCAGCAAGCGCACCACAUGUAAGUACUGCAUGACAUCAUCUGAUGUAGACGUGUAUAACUAUUCGAAGAUUGGCUUACUUCCGGAGUCGCUUCUCCGAAAGGAGGUAGAAACUGCUCUGCUCAAAAAUUUGAGGAGGGAUGUUACCUCCUCUUUGUCAUUUCACCCUGAUCCUUUUUUACCUUUACCCUUUGAGGAGCACAACGGUAGAAUGGGUUUGAGUAAAAUCACCUUUCUCUCCAACAAAUCCAAGGCACCGAAGCCUCGGUUUCCUAUUUUUCUCACGCACAAUACAUUUUCAGCGAUUAUAGAUAAUGUAUGUUUUAUUAUUGGUAAAUUUCGCGACGAUCCUGUCUUGUUAGCCCAUCUAAAAGGAAGAGAUAGGUCUAUAGCUAACUAUUAA